CAUCUUUCAUACUUCGUCUCAAGAGUCAGACCGCAAUUAUUUCGAUUUUAGUUUGUGUUGAUUGUGUCAUGGCGGUUCGUCUGAUUUUGCAAAGUGAUUGGGAUACGGCUCUUAGGCACAAUGAAGGACAGGCCUGGAUUUCUUGCAAGACCGUGUGUCCUGGUGACCAAAUGUGCGCUAAUCCAAGUAUUCAAGGUGAGCUGAUUUCUUAUGGCGUCUCAGGUGAGGGAGUCCCAUAUGUUGUUGGAUCAGAAGGUUUUACUGUUGAGGAAAUUACAAAGAAUAGCAUAGUUAUAUCACACCCUGACAAAGGUAUCAGGACAAGGUUUAUUGCUCCAAGAAACAUAUUCAGUGAUAUCCACAACAAAAGUAUUGUAAGUUUGGAUGUGUCAUCCGCAGGAGCAUUGGGCGUGUCUGCGGGUAUGGAUGGUCUUUUGAGGAUAUGGCAGACAGACUCUGGAAUUGUCAGGAGGGAGCUAUCCGGACAUCUGGGUGACGUGAAUUGCUGCCAUUUCUUCCCAUCUGGCUUGGUUGUUCUGAGCGGAGGCAGUGACUUGCAACUGAAGAUUUGGUCUGUAGAGGAUGGGAGCUGUCCCGUCACUUUACGAGGACACACUGCUGGAAUAUUAGGUGUUGCUAUUGUGGAAAAAGGAAGGAAUAUUGUAUCCUGCUCAAGAGAUGGAUCCGCAAGGCUUUGGGAUUGUGGAAAUGGUUCUUGCCUAAGUGUUAUCUACAAAGGCAGCAGCGCCAUCAACGCCUGUGCUGUUGGAGUCGCAGAUGACUCUCUCAAUCUUGGAGUGCCUGAUAUUCCACCCAGCGAAAGAGAGAUAGCAACCGGAGACAAGCUAUUAGUACUAGCCUGCGAAGAUGGAGUACUGAUAGGCCUUGGAUUGCAGAGUCGUAAAGAGAUUUUCCGUAUAGAACAUGAGAAAGCUUUUAAUUGUUGUCAGAUGCUUUCAAAGACAUGUAUUGCAGCAGGAACACAGGAUGGCAAGAUCUUUUUAGUCGAUAUCACGGAUCCAAGGGAUUCAGUGAAGAUAUAUCACAAGUGCAACUCACCUGUUCUGUGCUUGUGUAAACAUAAAGACGGCGUCUUAGUCGGCUGUGGUUUUGAAGUUUAGAAGGAUAAUGGCUACACUUGAGUCACAUGUGAAAGCAUGAAGGUAUCCACAAUUUAAGGUUUGACAGUCGGUGGGAGAGAAAACAAUGACCUGAAUAUACAAUGUGCAAUAUGCAUGCCCACAACUUUGUAUUUACAAAAAUGUAAAAAAAAAACACCAUAUUUUAGCACCCUCGCAGCAAUUUAUUAACAUUGCAUUUCUUUCUGAUUGUCAACAUCUUCGCAUUGAACAGGUCACGCCAGAUAAAGGGUCACAUUUGAUGGCGCAAUCCUAGCAAGACAGCUAGUUUGAAACACCCAACGCGACUGCAGUUUCACACCAUGUGGGAGCUCAAGCUGCACAGUUUAUAGCUAACACGAUGUGAUUUGCACUUUUGGCUUAAGUAAUAGUAACAGUAAUGUAGGCUGUUCUAUAUCACUCUAUACAACUAAGUCUCAUAGGGCUUUACCACGUUAUUACUCCAGUCAUUGGAACGAUGCCUAUGGGGGAAAUUCUAUAGUGUUCUGCAUGAAUAUAUCAGCGCAUUUUUGCACUUGAAUUUCCUCAGGCACCCAUUUAUACUCCUGUGUGGAGAGAAGCAAUGAAGAUAAAGGGGCUUGCUUGAGAACACAAACAAAAUGCACAGCGAGGGAUUGAAACCCUACAGUGACGUAUCUAGGUGGUGCAUGGGAGGGGGGUGCAUUUCCCUCCAAAAAUUGCUCAUAUGCCCCCCCUCCCACAAGAAAAUCACUUGCAAGUUAAAAAUCACCUUAUUUUGUGAGUUAGCACCCCUCACAAUUGAUCUUCGAGCCCCCCCCCCACUUUACCUUUGCACCCCCCAUCAGCACUCCCCUUUUAAGACUUCUACAUAUGCCACUUAACCCCUGACCUCGAGGUUGGGAAAUCAAACCGUUCCCGCUGUGCCGAAUGAGCUACUGUAGGAGACUAUCCAUUACGUGUCAGUUUAUGCUGCACUGGGGCUGCUGUGGGCCUAGCCAAUAUUUAAGUUUCAAUUUGAUAGACGACCAGAAAGAGAUACAUUAUUUUAUAUUGUCACCUAUAGAGAACAUUCAGUAUUGUAGUCAAUUAAAUGCAAAUGUGGCUAUAUAUUCGGCAACAACCAAUCAAACAUAGGGAGUUCAGGAUGUUUUAUGAAAAAUUAUUUAUUAGAAAUUAUUUUAUUUGAUUGCAGAACUAUGGCAUUUUGACUGGUUGUUCCCACAUUUUUAAGUCUUUUUCUAUAACAUUCAUAAAAAAUUAAGACUCAGAAGUACAUGGGGACUUUUAGUAAUAAUUGUAAACAAUCCUGUAUGAUCUUAUGUACAAAAUUUGAAAAAUAUUUAAAAAUUAUUAUUUAAUAUAGAAUAAAAUUCAUUGUAAUUUAAUUACAUUGAGAAUAAGAAAUUAAUAUACUAUUACAAAAAAAAUGCAUAGAUGAGUGGGUUUACUCAGUUGCAUUUUGAAAAAUUUAAUUCUCAUCCAAUUGCGAGUCAUUAUAAGAUUAAAUGAUCGAAGUUCAAUGAACAUCAGUGUAGUAUGACCUAAAUCUAGCUAUUGGCAGGGGAUUUAUUGCCGUCAAAAACUAAACCCACACAUUUACAGAUAUUCAUGUUAACUGGAACAGACCUGGAUUUAUAGCAUUAUUGCAUGUGAUGGGGGCCAGCAGAAUAUUCUUUCAUUGUUACAUUUGAUUUUAUGCUGUUAGUUCACGAUUUAGGGAAUGGAUGAACCUAUUUAUUUAUUUUUUUUUUACAAAUUAUUCAGUAAAAAUCUAGAGCAGUCAUUCCAUAAAGUGCAUAUAGCUGCCCUAGCCUGAAUACCGGACAAAUACGCAGGUCAUGUAUGAUGGCCGAUUCCAUUAACUUCUGCCCUGUGCAUGAAUACCGAACAGUACGCAUUAAGUGUAUGAUGUGUCAUUGCAUUAUUUUCUUUUGUGCUCAGAAUAAAAAAUUUAUUCCUUUUGGAAAAUCAAAAAAAGGAGAAAGAAAAAGAAAAAA